UGAGAUACCUUUAUUUUGAAAUAUUACAGUGUUGACGUCACGUGUCUGUUAAGCGUUCAGCUUUUCAAAAUAAAACCAGGAAACUUAGUGCGCAUGUCAGCGCUCUGACGGUCAUGACCAUGAACGGUCAUGUCGAUGUGACGUCACUUCCUGAAUCAAUUUCCUCUUCCGCCGCGGCGGCAGAUGAUCGAUACUGAUCAGGAUCAUCGAUCAGCUGAGAGACGGGCUGCGGCGUGGCGGGAAACAUCUGUCAGCCCGCGUCCUGCCUCAUGGCGACAGCACACUCAAACCUGGGAGGGUCCAUCGAGUCCAGUUUGCAGUCUCAGGACUCUGUGAGGUCUGACGAGUCCAGGGUGAGGUCGACGGGCCCCAUGGGAUCAUGGGAGUCUGAGCUGACCUCCAUCCAGCACGCCUUGAAGUUCGUGUUGGCGCUGAAGGACGAGUUCGUUUGUCCUGUCUGCAGAGGAGUCGUCCUCAACCCUCAGCAGAACUCCUGUGGACACAUCUACUGCUUCCACUGUCUGCAAGGCCUGCUGGAGACGUCGCCACCAUCCGGUCCAGUUUGUCCGGUGGACGGCGCCGUGGUCACACCAGCUGAGGUGUUCCAGGAUAACUGCUGUAAACGUGAGAUCUCUAAUCUGGAGGUGUACUGUACCAACUUCCCAGCAUGCACCUCAGUGGUGACGCUGCACCGCCUGCAGGACCACCUGAGCUCGUGUCCGUACGAGCAGGUGCAGUGCUUCAAUGUGGGCUGCAGGGCGGCGCUACAGAGGAGACACCUGCAGGAACACCUGAGCAGCACCUGUCCUCACCGCACAGAGCCCUGCCCACACUGCCAGCAGCCACUCCCACUCAGCCUCAUCCAGGACCACGUGCUGACCUCCUGUCCUGACGUGGAGGUCCACUGUCCCAGCUGCUCACAGAAGCUUCCCAGACACAAGCUGAAGGAGCACAGAGACUCGUGUCCUGAGGUUCAGGUCAGCUGUUCCUAUCAGAGGUUUGGCUGCUGCGUGCAGGGUCAGAGAGCGAGAGUGAAGCUGCAUGAAGACGCUGCCGUCAACCAUCACAUGCUGCUGGUCCUGAAGAGCAACACUCACCUGGAGCAACAGGUGGAGGUUCUCCAGGAGGAGGCGCUGCAGAGGCAGCAGGAGGUCCAGACGGACGGUUCGCUGCUCGACGGUCUGCAGCAGGAAGUCAGACCGCUGCUGCAACAGACGAGCAACCAUGAACGCAUCAUCUGCACAGCUCAGAGGACUCUGAGCAGGCAUGAGGACGUCCUGUCCACUGUCCAGCUGGAGGUCCAGCAGGUGUCUCGGGCACUCGGUCCUGGUCUGGAGGAGCUGGAGCAGCUCAGGAAGUCUCUGGACGCUGUGAUCCAGGAGGUGUCGGAAACCGAGGCGCUGAAAGAACACCUGGGAACGUUGGAGGAGAACCUGAAGCGCCACUCGGGUCUCCUGGAUCUGCACGCCGCUCAGCUCCAUCGUAACAAGCAGCACCUGCAGGAGCUCGAGGCCACAUCGUACGACGGCAGGCUGAUCUGGAAGAUCGACGACUUCAGCAGAAGGAGGGACGCUGAGGUCAGAGGUCAGCCGCCGAGUCUGAGCAGCGUGCCCUUCCACACCGGACGCUGCGGCUACAAGAUGGCCGCCAAAGUCUACCUGAACGGGGACGGGGAAGGAAGAGGGACACACCUGUCCCUGUACGUCGUCCUCAUGCCGGGAGACUUCGAUGCUCUGCUGCCGUGGCCUUUCAGACAGACCGUGUCUCUGUCUGUUCUGGACCAAAGCGGUGCUGCUAACCACCGCAGUCUCAGCUUCAAACCCGACCCGACGUCCAAAAGCUUCCAGCGACCUGGCGCCGAGUCCGUCAGCAACAUCGCUGUCGGGUUUUCCUGCUUCAUUCCCCUGGACAAGCUGGAAACUCCGCACAACGCCACGUAUGUCAGCGAUGACACGCUGUUCGUCAAAGUGAAGGUGGACACGGCCGGUCUACAGCAGCUGUGACGGUCCGUCCACUCUUACCGUACGCGGAGCCGAGUCUUCACCUCGUCCGGGACAAGUUCACGAGACAAACGGACAAAACUACUGAUUGUUACAUUACAACAUGUUUUAGGAUCAUCUCAGGGUGGACAGAGGACAGGUGGACAGAGGAACAGAGGACAGGUGGACAGAGGACAGAUGUACAGGUGGACAAAAGGACAGGGGGACAGGUGGACAGAUGUACAGGUGGACAGAGGACAGAUGGACAGAGGAACAGAGGACAGGUGGACAAAAGGACAGGUGGACAGAGGACAGAUGUACAGGUGGACAGAGGACAGAUGUACAGGUGGACAAAAGGACAGGUGGACAGAUGUACAGGAGGACAAAAGGACAGGUGGACAGAUGGACAAAGGACAGAUGGACAAAGGACAAAAGGACAGGAGGACAAAAGGACAGGUGGACAGAGGACAGAUGUACAGAGGCCAGGUGGACAGAGGACAGAUGUACAGGAGGACAGGUGGACAGAGGACAGGAGGACAGGGGACAGGUGCAGACUUGAAUUAUCUGACAGAGUUUCAGGUUAUUUUGAUGAUGCUGAUUUCUUUCUAAAUUCACGAGGCAGCUUGUUUGACUACUGAAGACAUUUCACUGUGUACGUCCUGUAGCAGUACUUUGAGUUCAGAUACUUCUGUCAGUACUCUGUGUACUUGUAUGUAUUUAUGUAUUCACCUCAACUCUUCAGCUCCAGCAGCUUCCUCAGCCGCCAGCGUGUGAUUGGUCGUUCCUGACAAGGUGAACGAGGUACGACUCAGGAAACUGAAAUAAAGUUUAAUUCUGAAA